UAGCCUAAGAUCAGCUGGUGGGUCCCACCCACUGAGACGUUUGAGCGUUGCCCCUUUAUGUCUACGCAAUGGCUAAACUCUGAUUUGAUGCUUUGUAGCGGUUCAGACACCUUUCACAGAAUCAAAACAACGUUACGAAGCGUCUACGAUACGGGAAAGAUUUCAAACAUCAUGCCUGUGGCAGCCACCGGCACAGAGCAUUUGCUGCAGGUGCUGGACACACUGAGUGACAGCACCAGCUCCACCACCGCCAAUGACCUGGAUCUUAUCUUCCUCAAGGGCAUCAUGGAGAGCCCAGUGAGUGCAGAAAGUCUGGAGGAGACACGACUGGAGGCCGUGAGGGACAAUAAUGUGGAGCUGGUGCAGGACAUCCUGAGAGAGCUGAGCCCCUUUACACACCGCAGCAACACCGCCGCCGAGCUGUCAAGCAUACUCAACCAGCCACACUUCCAGUCUCUGUUGGAGACACACGACUCUGUGGCCACACAGACGUGUGAGACUCCGCCCUCGAGCCCCUGUGCUUUCAUGGAGCCACCCAUCAACAGUGUACCGGUGCCAGCUGAUGCCAUCCGCAUGGUGGGCAUCCGCAAAGUGGCUGGAGAGCAUUUGGGUGUGACGUUCCGUAUUGAGAAUGGAGAGCUGGUGAUCGCCCGAAUUCUCCACGGGGGGAUGAUCGACCAGCAGGGUCUGCUCCACGUGGGUGACAUCAUCAAAGAGGUGAACGGGCGAGAGGUGGGUGACGACCCUCGGGUGCUGCAGGAGAUGCUGCAGGAGGCCAGCGGCAGUGUGGUGCUCAAAAUCCUUCCCAGCUACCAGGAGCCACAUCCCCCGAGACAGGUUUUUGUGAAGUGCCAUUUUGAUUAUGACCCUGCCAAUGAUAACCUCAUCCCUUGCAAAGAGGCGGGACUAAAGGUCUCAAGUGGAGACAUUCUUCAGAUUGUUAACCAGGAAGAUGUGAACUGGUGGCAGGCACGUCGUGUAGAGGGAGGCAGUGCUGGCCUGAUUCCCAGUCAACUUUUGGAGGAGAAGAGGAAAGCUUUUGUGAAGAAAGAUGUUGACCUUUCACCAGCAGCCAAUCUCUGCACUGGAAUGGUUGGCAAGAAGAAGAAGAAAAUGAUGUAUUUAACUACAAAAAAUGCAGAUUUUGACAGGCAUGAGUUACUUAUCUAUGAGGAGGUGGCAAAAGUCCCACCGUUUCGCAGGAAGACGCUGGUUCUGAUUGGUGCACCUGGAGUAGGCAGACGAAGUCUAAAGAAUAAGUUGCUAGUGUCAGACCCUCAGCACUAUGGCACCACCAUCCCCUACACCUCUAGGAAGCCCAAAUCAGCAGAUAGAGAGAAUAUGAUGUAUGCCUUCACAUCCCGGAGUAAGAUGGAGGCUGAUAUUAAAGCUGGCUGCUAUCUUGAACACGGUGAAUAUGACGGUAACCUCUAUGGCACCAAGAUUGACUCCAUCCAUGAAGUAGUGGAAGCUGGACGCAUCUGUAUCCUGGACGUCAACCCACAGGCCCUAAAAGUCCUCAGGACAUCAGAGUUUUUGCCGUAUGUGGUGUUCAUCAAAGCCCCUGAGUUUGAGGUGCUGAAGGCCAUGAACAGAUCUGGGAUGGAGGCAGGAGUGACCAAACAGCAAACAGACACAGAGCUGAAGAGGACAGUGGAUGAGAGUGCCAAGAUUCAGAGAGUGUACGGACACUACUUCGACCUCACCAUAAUAAACGACGAUUUGGAACAAGCACACAGGAACCUUAAGUCCUCCUUAGAGAAGUUGAAGGGAGCUCAGCAGUGGGUUCCGGUUGGGUGGGUCUUUUAGAGCUCAGAGUGGCUACUACUGGAUGUUUCAUGUGACACUUUAUACCAGUGUUAACUGGUUUAUAUCAUCAACCUCAUGCCAAGGGUGUACGCUGAUCAGAGAGCUUAUAUGAGUGCAUGUGUGUGUGUGUGAAAUCAUCAUCUAUCCUUUACAAACACCUCAGAACCAAGCUUAUAGCUAACUCUUGUGUCAGAGUUUAGCUACAGUCUCAUCUUUUUGUUUACAGUAAGUCUUCGAGUUUCAGUUUAGAUGCAUUUUUGAAAUUGGAGAUUAAUUUGUGAAUCUUUUAAGCAAAACAUCUGAACAUCCUUAAGUUAAAAAUAAUAAUCUAUUAAGGAAAAAGAUACAUUUAUUUCAGUAACAAAACUGUGUAAGACAAGACUCUUGAAUUAAUAAUGACUGUUGGUAAAUUGUUUUUUGUAGUUGUUUAUUUAAAUGUAAGUUUUUCAAACUGUUGUUAGAUUUAGGGUAAAAAAACUAACAAUUUAACAAAGUUAAAUAUCAAUAUAGCCUAUACUUAACUGUUCAAAAGUUUGGGAUCAGUAAUAUUUUAAGAAAUUAAUACUUUAUUAAUUGAUUAAUAGUGACAGUUAAGACAUUUAUAAU